UCGAUAACGAUAACCAGAAUUUAUUCCAAUCGCAUUCUAAAAGACACAAAUUUUAUAAAUACUAAACCUAAAUAAAGGAUAUAAACACCUUUUUAUUUCCUUUAGUUGGAAAUAAUGAAUUCCAAAUCCGAUUAUGAAGGAGAAAAAGAAAAAAAGUUGACCAUAACAAAUAGAUUCGGGGAUUCCCUGGAAAACUAUGAACUAUCCAACGAGAGCGAGCACAAGACCCAUGUUUACCCCAAAAAGAUUCCUAACCGAAAAAAUGGAAUUUUAAAAAACAGCGAAACAAACCAUAGUGCCGUAGAAAAUCCCCAUCUCGAGGAUGUGGACUUGGCAGACAUUUUGGGCACAAAUUGGCCAAAACGAGCGGGACCAGCUGCAAUGAUCUUAAACAACAAAAGUAAAACGGAUCCUAGCAAUUCUGAAGACUUCAUUUUAAAACCAACGUCUCCCAUAUUAACAAAAAUAGAAGCAGAGGAACCUUUACGUUUUACAAUCGCUGAUUACCAACCUCUGAUUGAAAUACCUGGAACUGAGCUAGCGAUUGGUUCCCUUGUAGAAGUCACGAAUCCCGGAGUAUGUGAAGAUUUAUAUGGCGUUAUAAGAUGGAUAGGUAUACCUCCUGGCCCCCAAAAAAACGUACUCGUUGGAAUCGAGGUAGAAGACGAAUCCAACUUGAAAAAUGUUGUGGCAUCGGAUGGGCGGCACAAUGGCGUACGCUUAUUUACUUGCCACGAUGGUCGAGCUAUUUUUGUACCAGCCAACAGAUGCACCGCUGACCGGCGAUUUGCUGAUGUAGAUAAUACCAUUGCUGCAAACAGAGUUUCCAGUAAUCAUGCAAAGAAAUUUGGCGUCGCUGACUGCCCUGCUAUUUAUGGCUCAAUACCACCAUUAGAAAUACACAACUCCGAUGAGCUUGCAAGCAUAUGCGGAAAGUUCAAAGGAAUACAAGGACACCAUAAUUCCUGCUACCUUGAUGCAACUCUAUUUUCCAUGUUCACUUUCACCAGUGUUUUUGAUUCAAUUCUGUACAGACGUCCGGGCCCACAAGAUAUUCGAAAUUACAGUGAAGUUCAGAAGGUUUUGCGCGAUGAAAUCGUCAAUCCAUUGCGGAAAAAUGUUUUCGUUCGAUCUGAUCGUGUAAUGAAGCUGCGCGAGCUCCUAGACCAGCUAAGUUCGGUCAGCGGUCUCACCUGCGAAGAAAAAGAUCCUGAAGAGUUCCUGAAUAGUUUGCUCUCACAAAUUAUGCGAGUUGAACCGUUUUUAAAGCUAAGCUCGGGACAAGAUUCAUAUUUUUACCAACUAUUUGUGGAAAAGGAUGAGAAAUUAACAUUACCGAGUGUGCAACAACUGUUUGAGCAAAGUUUCCACUCAUCGGAUAUAAAACUAAAGGAAGUUCCUUCUUGUUUUAUUAUUCAAAUGCCUCGUUUCGGAAAGAACUACAAGAUGUAUCCAAGAAUCUUGCCAUCGCAGGUUCUUGAUGUCACAGAUAUAAUUGAAAAUUCUCCUCGACAGUGCUCACUUUGUGGCAAACUAGCUGAAUACGAGUGCCGGGAUUGUUUUGGUAGCUUGCAGGCUGGAUCAGGGCUGGAAUGCACCGCUUUUUGUCCUAAAUGUCUGAAAACAUUUCACAGUCACAUCAAAAGAACCAAUCAUGUGUCGAAAAAGAUUUAUAGUCCAAAGGAAUUUAAAAUCAUGGCAGAGCACAUGGUUGUCCCGCGAUUGUACAUGGAGUUAUUUGCUGUCGUCUGCAUAGAAACGUCUCAUUACGUGGCGUUCGUCAAGUCUGGAUCCGGACCUGAUGCUCCAUGGUGUUUCUUCGAUUCAAUGGCUGAUAGAAAAGGCGAACAGAAUGGAUACAAUAUACCUGAAAUUACGUGUGUUCCAGAAUUAACACAGUGGCUCUCGGAAGAGGGCGCACGAUCUAUAAAUGAAACUUCAACGAACGAUAAAGUAUUACCUGAACACGCUAAGCGUAUUUUUUGCGAUGCCUAUAUGUGUCUGUACCAAAGCACAGAUAUUAUGAUGUACCAUUAGAGCAAAUUUAUCAAUAAAUAAAAUGAACGCAAUACAAUUUUU